UCAGUCACAUGUUUACUUUAACACCGGCUACUUCCUGUAUUUACAGAAUAUAAAAACAAAUAACUAACUGUCUAGUUUAAAAGGUUUAAAUGGGUAACUCAAAUGUUAAACAACAUCUUGAUACAGCAGAAAAGACGGGAGCUUUACAGCUUUGUAAGCUAGGGCUAAAGGAAUUUCCAGAGAACUUACAGAAAUUGUCAAAAAACUUGCGGACUCUUGAUUUCUCUGACAAUAAGAUAGCAGUUGUACCAUCAGCUAUUGGAUCCUUCCAGCAACUGAAAACUGUCAACCUCAAUAACAACAGAAUAGAGUCAUUACCUCAAGAGAUAGGAAAUUUGAAGAAGCUAGAAACUUUAUCGUUAGACAGCAACAUACUGAGACAGUUACCGGCUACAUUCCCAAAUUUAAAACACCUCAGAACUGUUAACCUCAGUGGAAAUGGAUUCAAAACAUUUCCACAGGAACUCUGUGAUCUAACACAUUUAGAUGCUAUUGAUUUAUCUAGGAAUAGAAUAACAGAGAUUCCACCAAAUUCAAAAACCUGUCACACCAUAGAAUUGAAUCUCAAUCAAAAUCAGAUAUCUACCUUACCAGAUUGCAUAGCUGAGUGGCCAAGAUUAAAGGUUUUACGACUUGAAGAGAACUGUUUAGAGAUUACAGCACUCACACCUAGAAUAAUGAAAGAGUCACAGAUAUCACUUUUAGCUGUCGAGGGAAACGUAUUUGAUAUGAAAAAAUUCAAUAAUCUGGAAGGAUAUGAUAAUUAUAUGGAGAGGUAUACAGCCACAAAGAAAAAGUUCAACUGAAGAUAAGAGUGUGACAGCUCUUUGCUCAGACAUGUACCUGGAGGCAUGAAUUUGUUUCGGGAACAAAGAUUAUAUAUUCUAGAACAAAGAAGAAGAAAGAAAACUGUAUUAUAUAACUAAAUGUUAUAUAUAAUUAUGUGUAACUCCUUGCAAUAGAACUUGUGAUUUUCAAACAAAAAAUAUUUUAGAGGAUUUAACUGAGGGUACUUUAAACAUCAAAGAUUAUUUUUGUCUACAGCAUUCCAGGCAAUUUUAAGUUUGUUCCCAUUUCAGAUAAAUUGAAGAUACUUUUUGUAUUUAAAGACAGAAAAGGUCAUAUACUCUCUGUUGUAAUGUAACAUACUAAAUGAUAUCCAAGCUUAAGCUUACAAUGGAUGAUUUAUCAAACCAUUUGUGUGCAAUUAAAUGGUAUCAGAUUUCUUGUCAGAAGGAUACAUUCAUAUGUACCUGUGGGAUUUGAUUGCCGUAGAUGCAAGUAUAAACUUUAAUCUUCAAGUAUUGUUGUAAUGUUGAAAUAAGUUAUCAUUUUCCUACAGCUGUGCUGUUGUUUGGAUGUUGUUGUUUUUUUGUAUGAUGGGAAAGUUUAUCUCCAAUUCCCCUAUUUUCCAUCCACCGUUCUCCGUUCAAAGAAGGAGAGCUAUUAGUUUUGCCAGCAUGGCACAUAUUGUCUGUAGGUUUUGUAUAGUACAUCUACAUUGUUCAGGUUUUGUUCAAACUUUAUGGUCAGUAUUAGGUCUUGUUUUUAUCAUAAUUUAUUCAGACUUGGUAUUUAAUAUAAGAAACUAAACUUGUGUGUAUUUUCUGGUUACAUUUUCUAAAAGGUGUAAAUAAGUCUUUUGAAAAAUUCAUCAGUGUUCUUUUUAGACUAGUACUUAUUCUUGUAGAUGGGCCUAACAGUGAUAAUCACCAAACAUGGUAGACACCUUUGCCACAUCCACCAAACAAUGUCAGUCUGUAAUCUUUGCUGUUAGAAUGAUAUUGUGGAUGAAGGAAUUAUUACAUCAUUGAGGUUACUUUCUUACAGGUAUUUUUUUGUUUUGUUUUUAGACACUUUAGCCUUGGUUACUUCAGACUUCAUAUGAAUGAAUAAGAAUUGCGUUUACACUAAACAGGACUCCUUAAAGGAGUUGAGAAAAAAAGGAAAAAGUUUUUUAUAAGAUUUCUUUGUUUUGUUUAAUUUAAUUAAAGUCAGCAACAUACCUAAUGACUAGGUCCUAGCACAGUGAAGUUCAUAUAGGUUGUUUUGUGAUAUUUUAGUUUGUAACCUUUGAUUUUAGUUUGACUAUUUGAAGUAUAAGAAGAGCUGUUGUACUCGCUGUGGCGUAGGCAUUGCAUUCAAGUUAAAGGUUAAUGGCAAGCUUUUCAAUUUCAUUACUCUUCUUAACUAAUCAAACCUCUGUUAGAGUUUGGUCUUGGUAUAGGGCAGACUUCAUUUGGUUUGUAUCAUGUGCCCCAAAGGCCUAGGUCAGUGGGAUGAGAUGAUGUGUUGUUUCUUAGUAUUAAUCACCCCCACUACAUGUACACACACCUUCCAGUAUUUAAUGAAUUAUCCCUCCCAUUAACUUGAUGCACUUUCGACAUAUCUCAUAUGAAUUAUGCCCCCUUUUUCUUUUGUUUUGAUGCAAGUUUACUCAGCCUCUGUUAUUACUAAAUAGAUAUGAUUCAUAUUCAAAAUAGUUCCUCCACAUUAUCACCAACAUCAUAUGACACAAGGGCCAUAACUCUGGAACCAAUAUUUUAUGACUUAAACCUCCUUUUUACUUAGAAUUCUUGUUUAAUUUUAAUGCUUUUUCACCAUAUCUCUGUUGUUACUAGAUAGAUAUGAUUAAAAUUUAAAACUAUUUUUCCACAUCCCCACCCACAUCAUAUGACUGAAGGUCUGUAACUCUUGUACCAAUAUUUAAUGAAUUGUGUCCCCCUUUUUACUAAGGUUAAAUUUGUGAUGCACUCCACAUUAGUAGCAACAUGAUAAUUAUGACAAAUGUUGCAUUAGUCUUGCAAAAAAAAAAUCCUUGAAUUAUGUCCCUUUUGUACUUGGUUGAUAUUUUGAUACACGUUCACUCUAUCUCUGUUAUUACUAAAUACAUGUACAUUUGACUCAUACUUAAUGUAUUGUCCAAUAGUGUCAUCCACACUAGAGUCAUUAAACACUUCAGUGGUAGCUCAAGAUUCCUGUGAUGUGCCCAGUUUCACUAUCCGGCAUCGGAACAGUUGAAUGCACUGUCUCCUGUGACAGCUUUUGUUUACCUAUUUCCUCUCCCUGCAUUUUAGACAAAAACAUAAUUUCUUACUCCUUCCUCAUCAUUUCUUAUUACAUGUAUACUGCACAACAUUCCUUCUUUCGUGUGCUCAUGAGCACUUCUGGUAUUGCAUUCACAGUCUUCUGUUAUUUUCAAUUGUUUGUUGGCAAUCACUUCUGUAUAGUCAAGUUACAACUCUUGUUCAUUUUAUAUUAUAAAAUUAUUAUUGAUUUUUGUGUAUAUUUUUAUUUUACUUUUAGCUGUAAGGCUGAACUGUACGUUACACAGGUUUUUAAUAAUUGUUGUUUCGAAAAUUCAACUGAAACAUGGAAAUGUUAGUGUAAAGUUCUUUACUUGGCAAUCAGUUAAAUGUUAUCGGUGUUCUCUCGUUUUUGAAUCUUAGUUUAUUAUUUGAUUUACAAUUUUAUUUAACUCCCUGUUGCCAAAAUUUCUCUUGUGAAAAAAAAUAAAGUCAAUGUAAGUGGCCUUCAGUCUAUACCUCAAUAAAGUUAUGCACUUGAAUAUUGUGGAAUUAGUUUUGAGGUGUUACUUUGUCAAUAUUUACUUGGUGUGAAUGAUAAGAUCCUUCUGAUGAAAAAACUUUAUUUAUCGCGUGAAACUGUUGGCAGAAGCAUUUUUAGCUCAUCUGAUUUUUUGAAAAAAAAUGAUGAGUUAUUGUCAUCACUUGAGCGUUGUCGGC